UAACUAAAGAUAAUCUUAUCAAACGCUUUCCUGCAAUAUUCAAAAUGUUUGAAAACCGUAUCAACUUUCAAAAUUUAGUUUUACAAGGAGCGAUAUUUUUGCAGCCUGUUAAUCAGACAUUUGACGAUGGUAAAAAUUGCUCAUUUUCUUGUAACGAUUAUAAUGGAACAACAUUAAAUCGAAAGAAACGUGCAACAACAAACGACGUUUUCCAUGCGUGUUGUGUUUCGAAUGUUAACUUCAUAUCACCAGAUAAGAUGCAUAAUAUAUUAAUGGUUCAAAAAGACUUAGUUCAUCUCAACAAAUUUCGCCAGGUCUUCAAAAAUGACAACUGCAGUCAAGCAGUUGGUUGUACCGGAUGUACAUGUAUGCAUCAAAUGGACUUGGUCACAGCAGUAGUAUAUAAACAAGGAUUUAACAAAAAUAACGCAGACAGUAUUGAUCAGAUGGAAAUAGAUCUUUUUUAUAUGCCCGGAUGUUGUAAAUGUGUAAAUGGUCAAACAAAUUAAUGACUAAUUUUAUACUAUUAAACCAUGUUACAUCAAAAAAGUUAGU